AUGGGCAGCAUCCUCCCUCCCACCACGCCUCCAACCUACAAAACCCCCUGGAACCCGACCCCUCUCGUUGAAUCCACAACCCUCUCCCGCGCCGCAGGAUGUAGAAUUUUCCUGAAACUCGAAAACAUCCAACCUAGCGGCUCCUUCAAGUCCCGUGCCAUGGGCAACCAAAUUCUCUCACACCUCCUCAAGCCCGAGAACCACCACCGUCCCGUGCACUUCUACGCUUCCUCCGGUGGCAACGCCGGCCUAGCUGCCGUCUGCGCGGCCCGGAGCCUGGGGUACCCCUGCACGGUAGUGGUACCUGUAUCGACGAAGCCGCUGAUGGUGCAGAAGCUGCGGAAUGCAGGAGCAGCGGAUGUGAUUCAGUACGGAGAGACAUUCUCGGAGGCGGGACAGUACAUGAAGGAUGUUGUGAUGAAGAACAAGAACACUGAUGGUGAAGAGAGCGAAGGUAUUGAUGACGUUGUGAAGAUCGCCCUGCAUCCAUUCGACAACGAGCCCAUCUGGCAAGGGAACAGCACUAUCAUUGAUGAACUGGUGGAGCAGAUCCCGCCGCCUGCCGGGGAGGAAGAGGAGGAAGUGCAUGCUGGUCGUGCGUUGCCGGUUGAUGCUAUUGUUUGUAGUGUUGGCGGUGGGGGGUUGUUGAAUGGAUUGGUUAUGGGCAUUGAGAGGCAUAGGGCUAAGGCUAAGAUGUCUUCUGCUGCUGCUGCUGCUGCUGCUGAUGAUGGUGCUUCGAAGCCUGUUCAUCUUGUAGCUGUUGAGACCAAGGGCACAGAUUCUCUGGCUACGGCGCUGGAGAGUAACGAGCUCGUCUCGUUGCCGAAGAUCACGUCGCAGGCUACGUCGUUGGGGGCUAUUAAGGUCUCUGAGAGGACGUUUCAGUAUGCGGUGCAGCCGCCGCCGGGCGUGAAGGUGCAUAGUGCGGUGUUUUCGGAUGCGGAGGCCGCUAGGGGCGUGUUGAGGCUUGUGGAUGAUGAGAGGUUGUUGGUUGAGUUGGCUUGUGGUGUUUGUGUGGAGGCUGCGGUUGGGGGAGCUAGUUGUGCUUCUUCAUCUUCUUCUUCGAAGAUGGUGGUUGCGGGUCAGAAGAGGAAGAGGGACAUGGAUGCUGGGUAUGUGAGUAAGGAUGAAGGCUAUGGGGAUGAUCGGUUGUCUGCUGGGGAGAAUGAGGAUGAUGGUCCGGUUUCUUCGCCGUCGCUGUCGGCCUCUGCUGGGGGUUUGCAGUCUAAGUUGAAGGAGUUGGUGCCGGACUUGAAUGAAGACAGUCGGGUGGUUAUCAUUGUUUGCGGUGGUAGUAAUGUUACCAUUGAUAUGGCGGCAGAGUGGAGGAAGAUGUUGGCUGAGGGGUGGGCUUGA